GAGGCGGCGGAGAGGAGUGUGCGAGAGGGAGGAAAGCAAAAGGGACAACUUUUCCGACACGUAUUAGUACAAGGAGAGCUGAAGUAAUGAGAAGUCAUCAUGGAGGCGCAGUCCCAUAGCUCUACCACAACGGAGAAGAAAAAAGUGGAGAAUUCCAUCGUGAAAUGCUCCAGUCGAACAGAUGUCAGUGAGAAAGCUGUUGCCUCCAGCACAACUUCCAAUGAGGAUGAAAGUCCUGGGCAGACCUAUCACAGAGAGAGAAGGAACGCGAUCACAAUGCAGCCGCAGGGUGGGCAAGGCCUCGGCAAGAUCAGUGAAGAGCCUUCAACGUCGAGCGAGGAAAGGGCCUCAUUAAUCAAGAAGGAGAUCCAUGGAUCUAUAUCGCACCUUCCCGAACCUUCUGUACCUUACCGUGGGACGCUCUUUACCAUGGACCCCCGAAACGGUUACAUGGACCCUCAUUACCAUCCGCCUCACCUCUUUCCAGCAUUCCACCCUCCUGUACCAAUUGAUGCAAGACAUCAUGAGGGACGCUACCAUUACGAACCAUCUCCCAUUCCUCCUCUGCAUGUGCCUUCUGCCUUAUCUAGUAGCCCAACAUACUCAGAGCUUCCAUUCCUUAGAAUUUCCCCGCACCGAAAUCCUGCUGCGACAUCAGAGUCUCCCUUCAGCACCCCUCACCCAUACAUUAACCCCUACAUGGACUACAUCAGGUCCCUGCACAGCAGCCCAUCCCUCUCCAUGAUCUCGGCAGCCCGCGGACUCAGCCCAACAGACGCUCCACAUGCUGGCGUCAGUCCAGCUGAAUAUUAUCAUCAGAUGGCUCUGUUGGCAGGCCAGCGCAGCCCGUAUGCAGACAUCAUUCCUUCAGCUGCCACUGCAGGAGCCGGUGCUCUUCAUAUGGAAUAUCUUCACGCCAUGGAUAGCGCCAGGUUUCCGAGUCCAAGACUGUCAGCUAGACCAAGCCGAAAGCGUACAUUGUCCAUAUCCCCCCUAUCUGAUCACAGCUUUGACCUUCAGACCAUGAUACGGACAUCUCCAAAUUCCUUGGUCACAAUUCUCAAUAAUUCUCGUAGCAGUUCCUCAGCCAGUGGUUCUUAUGGCCACUUAUCUGCAAGUGCAAUAAGCCCUGCUCUGAGUUUCACAUACCCUCCUACACCAGUAUCCCUCCAGCAAAUGCAUCAACAAAUUAUAAGUCGUCAGCAAACCCUAGGUUCAGCCUUUGGACACAGCCCUCCACUCAUCCAUCCUGCUCCAACUUUUCCUACCCAGAGACCUAUCCCUGGCAUCCCCAGUGUCCUGAACCCUGUCCAGGUCAGCUCUGGACCUUCUGAGUCCACACAGAAUAAACCCACAAGCGAAUCUGCAGUGAGCAGCACUGGAGAUCCCAUGCACAACAAGCGCUCCAAGAUGAAGCCUGACGAGGACCUUCCCAGCCCGGGAGCAGGAAGCGUGCAGGAACAGCCAGAAGGAAUGACCCUGGUAAAAGAGGAAGGGGACAAAGAUGAAAGCAAACAGGAGCCUGAAGUGGUCUAUGAGACAAACUGCCACUGGGAAGGCUGUUCCCGGGAGUUUGACACGCAGGAACAGCUAGUGCAUCAUAUAAACAAUGACCAUAUACACGGUGAAAAGAAAGAGUUUGUGUGCCGAUGGCUGGACUGUUCCCGGGAGCAGAAACCAUUCAAAGCCCAGUAUAUGCUGGUGGUCCACAUGAGGAGACAUACAGGGGAAAAGCCACACAAAUGCACUUUUGAAGGUUGUACAAAGGCCUACUCCAGACUAGAAAACUUGAAAACGCACUUGAGAUCUCACACUGGAGAGAAACCAUAUGUGUGUGAACAUGAAGGCUGCAACAAAGCUUUCUCCAAUGCGUCCGACAGGGCCAAGCACCAAAACAGGACUCAUUCCAAUGAGAAACCGUAUGUUUGCAAGAUACCAGGCUGCACAAAGCGCUACACAGACCCCAGUUCUCUCCGGAAACAUGUGAAGACCGUGCAUGGCCCGGAGGCACAUGUCACCAAGAAGCAGCGGGGAGAUAUCCAUCCAAGGCCUCCACCACCGAGAGACCCAGGCAGCCACUCUCAGACCCGGUCACCAGGCCAUCAGACUCAGGGUGCAAUUGGUGAGCAGAAGGACCUCAGCAACACUACCUCAAAGCGUGAAGAAUGCCUCCAAGUGAAAGCGGUCAAGUCAGAAAAACCAAUGACAUCUCAGCCAAGCCCUGGUGGUCAGUCUACAUGCAGCAGCGAGCAGUCCCCCAUCAGCAACUAUUCCAACAAUGGGAUCGAGCUUACUCUGACCGGUGGUGGUAGUGUAGGAGACCUCAGUGUCAUCGAUGAAACCCCAAUCAUGGACUCUACCAUUUCCACAGCCACCACAGCACUUGGCUUACAGGCCAGGAGGAAUAUGACAGGGACCAAAUGGAUGGAGCAAGUGAAAUUAGAAAGGUUGAAACAAGUUAAUGGAAUGCUUCCAAGACUGAACCCCGUUCCACCUUCCAAAGCCCCGACCUUGCCGCCUCUCAUAGGAAAUGGUACCCAGUCGAACAGCAGCUGCAGUGUAGGAGGAUCCAUGACUAUUCUGCCAAACAGGAACGAACUUUCAAGUACAGACAUCACUGUGUUGAACAUGCUGAACAGGAGGGACAGCAAUACUAGCACUAUCAGUUCAGCCUACUUGAGCAGCCGCAGGUCCUCUGGAAUCUCACCUUGCUUCUCCAGCCGGAGGUCCAGUGACGCCUCCCAGGCGGAGGGAAGACCGCAGAACGUGAGUGUUGCAGACUCCUAUGACCCCAUCUCGACAGAUGCCUCCCGACGCUCCAGUGAAGCGAGCCAGUGUGAUGACCUGCCGAGUCUUCUCAGCCUCACCCCGGCCCAGCAAUACAGGCUGAAAGCUAAAUAUGCAGCAGCUACUGGUGGACCCCCACCAACUCCACUGCCUAACAUGGAGAGGAUGAGCCUCAAAACAAGGAUGGCACUCUUGGGUGACUGCAGGGAGUCCGGAGUGUCUCCACUGCCUCCAGUGAAUGCCCCUCGAAGAUGUAGUGACGGUGGGGCGAAUGGUUACAGCAGGAGGCAUUUUCUGUCUCAUGAUGCUCUAGGAAAUGGGACAAGAAGAGCCAGUGAUCCAGUAAGAAUGGCCUCCGACAACCUCUCUGUUCCUAGAGUCCAGCGUUUCAACAGUCUUAAUAGCUUUAACCCUCCUGCUUUGCCUCCGUCCAUGGAAAAGCGCAACCUUGUUCUUCAGAACUAUACCCGUUCUGAGGGUGGCGUCUUCCGCAGCUUCAGCUCCCCCUGUCCUCCGAGCAUCAGCGAGAACGUCGCCCUGGAGGCUGCUACAAUGGAAGCGGGUGGCAGUCUGAAUGAUGAGGAUCUCCUGCCAGAUGACGUUGUUCAGUAUCUGAAUUCCCAGAACCAGGGCAUGUACGACCACUUGUUGAACAAUGUCCUAGACAGCAACAAAAUGCAUCACAGCUCAGUGUUAGGAAACAACAACCCCAGCAACUUUGACCAAGCCCCUCCACCAAACAGUCAGCAGGCAGGUUCCGAGGCAAACAAGAGCGACUUGCCCAUUCAGUGGAAUGAAGUAAGCUCAGGAAGUUCUGACUUAUCUCCUUCGAAACUGAAAUGCGGUCAACGCUCAGCGGUGCAGCAGACUCGGGCCUUUGGACUGUAUAACAAUAUGAUGGUUCAGCAGCAGAACCUGGAGAGAAGCAACGUGGCCCAGCAGAACGGCUAUCGGAACCUCAUAGAGAACAACGGUUCCUACGGUUUACAGCAAAACACGGUCCUUGGCAGCGGAGCCGGUAAUUCUUUUAGCAUACAGCCCAGUAAGCCUUACAGUGAAAGCAUCGGCAGGCAAGCAACGAUGUCUGGGACAAUGGACAAUUCCUGUGGCCUGGCAGUUCAAGGGCAGAAGCUGAGAAGCAGCAACAUGCCAGUGAGUGGGAACCAGCAAAAUUUCAGCCAUCCCAUGGCAUCCAGCGAUCAAGCCACCAGUAUGGCAAAUGGGAUGCAGAACAGGAAUAUGAUGGAACAGGAAUAUUUGCAAAACCAACCAGUCGGAGAUGGCGUGCAUUACCAGGGAGUCAAUCAAUCCGGUCAAAUGAUGCUAGGGCAGGUUAGUCCUACCUCACAAAGCAGCCUGUAUCAAGGGCCACAGAGUUGCCCACCGGUGUCUCACACCAUUGGCAGCCAGCCUUCAGGUUUGUUGGUGGCCAAAAGUUACCAGCCGUGCUCUAAUUACAGUGGCAACAGACGGCAAAACAUGUUGAGAAACAACCUGGCACAACAGCAAGGACAUGUAAGUGAUGGCAACCAGACGUACAGGGUAAACACCAUUAAGAUGGAGAUGCAAGGUCAAUCACAGCAGUUCUGCUCUAACGUGCAGAAUUACUCUGGUCAGUUAUAUGACCAAACCACGGGCUUUAGCCACCAAGCUAUGAAAACAGGUUCUUUCUUUGGUUCGGAAGCUAACUGCCUGCUGCAGGGGACUGCGACUGCAAACUCAUCCGAGCUUCUUUCCCCAGGGGCUAACCAAGUGUCAAGCACAGUUGACAGCAUUGAUAGCAACAGCCUAGAGGGUGUGCAGAUUGAUUUCGAUGCUAUCAUAGAUGAUGGGGACCAUGUCAGCUUAAUUUCGGGAGCCCUGAGCCCGAGUAUCAUUCAGAAUCUCUCCCGCAAUUCCUCACGCCUCACCACUCCCCGAGCGUCUCUUACAUUCCCAGCUAUGCCCGUAAGCACAACCAACAUGGCUAUUGGGGACAUGAGCUCUUUGUUGACCUCACUUGCAGAAGAAAGCAAGUUUCUUGCUGUUAUGCAAUAGACAUCAAACAAACAAAAAAAACCCUUAGGAGAUAAAAGAUGAAAAAAAAAAGACUCAUAUUUUUUAGUUGUGUAUGUAUUUUAGCAAUCUCAUCUCACCUAAAUGGGAUGUGUUUCAAGUAUAUUCCUUUUAUGGAAUAAGGACUCUGAAAACCCUAAAGUGUUCUAGGGAGAAACUGUCUUCCA